AAACAACCCAACGGAACCUGCCCGCACGUUAUCUUCUCAUAAGAAAAUCAGGUUGUAAUAUAAUAUAUAUUCCUCUUUUUUUAAUAUAACUAUGAAUUCUGGAAGAGUCAUCCUUGCUAACAAAAUCGUAUAGUUCACUUACUAAAUAUCAAUUAAUUCCUAAGGUCAAUAUUGUGGCGGCGGGAAACAAUAGAAGAACGACAAUAUAUUGUGGUGUUGACUUUCGGAAGAUUAGAGGCACCAUGUUCGUGGAGAUCACGAAGUAAUAUCUGGCACAAUUCCAACCUAUAAUCAUGGCCUCCGUUCUUCAAUGUCGUGGCUGCUUUCUAAUUGCUUUUACAUGCAUCUUCGCAACAUUCAUGGGGGAGUCAAAAGUAGCAAUGGCAACAUUUCGACCAAGUAGCUGGGCUCUUGCACAUGCUACCUUUUACGGUGAUGAAACAGCUUCUGCCACCAUGGGAGGAGCAUGUGGGUACGGGAAUUUGUUUCAAAGCGGUUACGGGACGGACACGGCAGCAUUGAGCUCAAUGUUGUUCAACAACGGGUAUGCGUGCGGGACAUGUUACCAGAUAAAGUGCUACCAAUCAAGUGCAUGCUAUAACAACGUGGCCUUCACAACAGUCACCGCCACCAAUCUUUGCCCUCCAAAUUGGUCCGAGCCCUCCGAUGACGGUGGUUGGUGCAACCCUCCGCGAGCCCAUUUUGACCUGUCCAAGCCGGUCUUCAUGAAAAUUGCCCAGUGGAAGGCCGGCAUAGUCCCCAUUCUAUACCGCAGAGUGCCAUGCCAAAGAAAGGGAGGGCUUCGAUUUAGUUUCCAAGGGAAUGGAUACUGGCUAUUGGUGUAUGUGAUGAACGUGGGAGGCGGAGGAGACAUUGCGAGCAUGUGGGUGAGAGGAAGCAGAACGGGAUGGAUUAAGAUGAGCCACAACUGGGGGGCUUCGUACCAAGCGUUUGCGACUCUGGCUGGGCAGUCUCUGUCUUUCAGGGUUACUUCUUACACUACUAAAGAGACUAUUAUUGCAUGGAAUGUUGCUCCUUCUAAUUGGAACUAUGGACUCACUUACUCCUCCGCUGCCAAUUUCAGAUAAAUGUAUGUAAUGUGACUAAAUAAGUCUGAAUCUGUCGCCACAAGCGCAUCGGUUCCCUUGUUUAUUAGAUGAUUUUAUGUGAAGAUCAUAUUUAAAAAUUCUUAGAUGAGAUAAGAUGUUUGAUUGAUAAUUUUCAAAUUUUAUCAUGAUACAGCUGCUUUUUGUUA